UAGCUAAAUGCUUCACUGGAGACAGUACCCACUAGCACCUAGUUUGUAACAAGACAGAGAGUGUUUACUUCCUAAACCACCAAGGAAUGAAGAUUUGGGAGCAAGUGAAAGAGGAUGGAUUGAUCAACGAUGACCUCCUGCAUUCUUGUAGCUACUUAUUCCUUGCAGUGCAUAUCAGGCAUGCCUCAUGGUAAGAAGUCUUAUUGAGCUAGGGGAGUCUGAUUAAUACCACUACUGUAAAGGGUUUUCAUUGUGGGCUGAAACUCGAGGCUGGUUACCUGAGCUCCUAGGAUGACUCUCCGCACGCCAGCUGCCCAUCUACGGAGAGCUCCGAGCUGGAGGAAAUCCGCAGAUCAGUCCUACUGGGAGAGCAGCUUAAUACCAGAAGGAGAGGCUUUGCCCCGGGUUUCUCGUCCUCCACAGGCACCACGGCCCCAGAGUGCCAUUGAAGGACGACAGCUGGAUGGCUGGCUGGAGCACCUACAGAGAAUAGAGAGGGAACUUCUCAGAGCCCCAGUUCAUGAUCAGGUUCCAGCUUUCAGUGAUCGGACAUCAUCCAUGCCUGCUCUUCCCCAAGAGGCAACCGGACGUGCCUGGAGACAGCCAGGGAUCCCCUCUUUCAGCAGGGGUUCAUCUUCAUGUGGGAGUCCCAGUCGGUGUGAGAGUUCGCUGGGCAGCCAGGAGUCCCUCCAAACAGGGUUUAUUUCUCCUCCAGAGCACAGAGGAAGCUGGGAGAGAGCUCAUAUGAUGCAGGCACCAAAGAAGGAGCAGGCUCACCUCAGUAAUAUUUCUCCAGUCAAAAUUGGAUGGCUGCCAAUCCAAAGAAGAGUGAUGAUGGUGGCUGAUGCUUGCCACCAAAAGUUUUCGGACCAAUCUGCAGGCCAGUUGAAAUUGAAACAAGCCAUCACUCCAACCUUUCAGAAGAAUCGAACAGCAGCCAACAGGCACCAUGAUGGAGAGGUGGAGAGGAGUCACAACAGCCUAAGUGCUUUGGGUGUGAAGACGUGGCAGUCACCUGACCAAGAGUCUCACAAAAUUCAAAUGGUGCCAGAAAAACAAAGCUUUCCUGCUGCUGAAGGGGACAGACCUGUAGGCUGGCAAGCUCUGAAGAGAGCCUGGAAUACCAAGAGGGUGUCGGCUUUCCCUGGAGGCAGUCAGUCCAAAGAGUCCCCCAUAGGGACAAGCUCAGACACCAACAGGAAGCCACCUCUGAUGAAAUCAACCAGCAUAGACCCCCACAAGCCUCCUCCCCCACAUCGAAACACUUUUGCUGAUCCCUGCAAACCACACACUCUGCUGCAAGGGACAAGCAACACCGAAACAAACAAGUCACACGCGCCUUUGCACAGGACCAGCAGUGUUCAGCCUAUAAGGGCAACCCCCCCACUGUUCACCGCCUCACAGGCAAACUCCGCUGUGACAACAAUCAUCCCUCAGAAUAAAGCUGGCUUCUCCUCUAUUUCCAUCUCUUCUAGGAAAGUGUGCAGAUCAUCUAGUUUGCCUGGCCAAAACCCCUUUUCCAACUCCCCUUCUCCGCCACUAGCCCACCAACCCAUGGACCCAAACUCCAGGCAGGUCACAGUGCUGAGGAAGGCCACUAUAGUCAAAGUCACGGAGCACAGGAUGACUUCCGGGCCUGUCAUGAAUGCAAAAAGCAUAACCUCACCAACUAGCAACGCUUUGGACACGGUAGUGCACAGAAGAAAGGCUACCAUCAUCAAAGUAACAGAGCACACAGAGAGCUACAGUCCAGCCAAGGCAGGGGCCGGGACCCCGAGGCACCCGGAGUACAGACACAGCUACACAGAGGGAGUGUACAAUGAAGACAGCAUGUGGAGUGAGGGGAAUCAUUCACAUCACCCUGUAGAAUCCACAAAGUCGCCAAACUCCACUGUAGACACAAAUACAUCCAACUUAAACACAGAGCAAAAUGGUGGGACGUUACACAGAUCCUCUCUGAAGCUUUUUUUCAGCAACCCCCCUGCUAUAGCAGCCCCCGAGGUUUCCCCACAGGCUGUUGGACAGAGAUCUGGCAGGCCUAGCAGACCACUGAGCUGCUAUGGCAAUAUAUUUGGACACACUGAGCCAAGUGAAGACAUUUUGAGACAACCAGCCAUCAGGAAAUGGAGCUUUGGGCUUCCACAAGAGACCAAUAUCAACCCUGUGAACUCUGACAGUGUCCUCAGCCGGCCGUCAUCAGCAAACGAAGCGCCAGACGCACCGAACGGAGGCCAGAAAGAAAGAUGGCCGUCUGAGAAUUCAGAGAGGAGAGCGUCCCCCAGUCUGACUCUCAUCCAGGCCCCGGAUCCCAGCUCCAAUCAGUCUCAAGAGGAAGUGCUUGCCCUCAAUGCAGCAGCCAUCAUAGCAAAUAUCAAACUCCAAAGACAACUUAGUAAGAAGAAAACCCCAAGUGACAGUUGUGAGAAGGUUUCUGCUGCGUCACCCCAAGGAAAUACAGAUGAAGGGAAAUGUAUGAAGCCACAUCCAGAUCAAAGAACAAUCGGGCACCACAACCAGCCCCAUGCUGCAUUUGUUUCACUGAGUCCUGACGCUGAAAGGUCACCUCAGACUAUUUCUCUACAGAACGCACUGCAGAGGUCCAGACCGGACUUCAUCAGUCGCUCCCAGGGAAGACUGCGAGAGCUGGAGCGACGGGCUCAGGAGAGGAGGGGGCUGGCAGGUUCUGAGGACCCUCGGUCAGACGCCGCUGUCGGGCAGAUGAGAGCCCGCAGUGGCCGCUGUAUCUCUCUGAACGAUAACCUUUUAAAACCCAGAGAUAGAGCCAUGACUGGGAGAGAGAUGCAGCUGAGAUCUAAGCGAACGCAAGGAGAGGGGAAGAGAAAAAAAGAGGAAGAGAAGAAGAGGGAGGUGUGUUUGACAAACAGACAGCGAGUUGAGCUUUUCAAAAAGAAACUGUUGGAUCAGAUUCUUCAAAGGAGCAUCAGCUGAAAGACGAUGAAGAGAUGAUGUGACAAAGCCUGUAGCAUUGCAUGGCAGAAGUGACCUUUGCCCCUUUUGACAGUGCUGAACAUAAUAUGAUGUCCUCGUUUGUUUCUCUCAUGUAUCAUCAUUAUUCAAGUAACAGAGUUUAACAUCUGUUUUUUUCUAUACAAUACAGCUAAGGCAAUCUUUCCGAAUGUCCAGACAGUCAUUUAACAUCGCUUAGUGUACCUCCGCUUUGAAGGUUUUUCCAGAAUUCUUCUUCACAUCUGGACAAAAAACAAAAAACAUGUCCAACAUGUGUUGUACAAAUCCAGCCAUAAGAUAAUGAUGUCCUUCUUAAAAAUAGCAUUUCAAGACACGGUAGAUUUAUAGACAGGGUUAUCUGAUGCCUUAAGGAUCUGGAAAAUCCCAAAAUGUGUUGUUAAAAGACCUUCUGCAUGGGUUUUUUGAAACAUUGCCAUUGAUCUGUCUUUUUAGGAAAACAUAUGCUUUUCCCUGUGCAUCAGCUGUUUUAAAAGCCCUUGUGCCAUGCAAUUACAAAUGAAGAUGGCAAA